AUGAUAUUAGCAGAGAUGGCAUACGAGAGGAAUGUCUUAAACGAGUCCAAACAACAGAGUGAGAAGCCCACGUUAACCACGUGUGAAACGGUGUCCAAACUAUCACUACUGGCCGCCUAUGACGACAUGUGCCGUAACGGCAAUAGUUUCAUAGAUAACAUGAGCGACGAAAACGUAAUCAAAGAAAUGGUCGAUAAGUGUGAACACAUGCGAAGGGAAUGGCAGUCGACUCGCAAAGAGUUGACUCAAUUAAGCGAUGAGAACCAGAAUCUGAAGCUAAGUGUCAAACAAAUGGCAAACGAUUUGCGGAGAGAGCGGUCCCGGAGGAAAGCCUUCCACAAGAAGCUACUAGUGUUGGGCAAUCAAUACGAGUUGUUGCGCGAGUUUGUCAUCUCUAACAUCCGGGACAACCGAAACAUCGAAAAAUUGUUCAGUCAAUUGAAUCUGACAUCCGGUGAACUGUCGGACGAGCCAUCGGAUUAUCAAUCAUCCGACGAAAUCGACAUGUCUUUACCCGCGUAUAUGGAGUAUAGGAGUUCCCGCACCGAUAGUGUACUCAAUUCAUAGAUUACUAUAGGAAAGUGCCAUAAAAUUAAGUGCGAUAUUCAAUGUGC